UCAUAAAAUAAAAAGCUCUGUACUAAAUAAUCCACCCACCAAUCCUCGAUACACUCCUAACCCUGCCGCUCCUCCCAAAACCCUUCUCUACAUCCUCCUCCGCCGUCUACGGCGGCCUGAAACCCAGUCUCCCGACUCCUUAUUCUCCUUUCUAGCCGCAUCAACAAUCGAAAAAUGGCGGCGUCGGCAGCUCCAGCACCGUCUUCCUCCGAGACUGCCGCCACCGACGGGCCCGCCCUCAAUCUAAUCAACAAGCGCCUCCGCGCUCUGCGCAAGAAGCUCAACCGCAUCGCCCAGAUGGAGGAGUCCCUUUCCCAGGGAAAAAUCCUCAACAAGGAGCAGGAGGAAACCCUACGCUCCAAAUCGUCCGUCCUGGCCGGCAUCGACGAGCUCGAGAAGCUCCGGCAGCCUCUCCUCCAGGCCGUCGAACAGGAAGUCGAACUUGCUCUGGAGAAAAUCAAGCAGAAGCCGGACGCCGUCGCGGAGGGAAUUCCGAGCGAGGCCGCCUCCGCCAUGGAGGCGGAGCCCAAAUCGGGGACCGCCACCGCCGCCGCUGACGACUCGGCGGUUUCCGAUCUGCUGAAUCUGCUGUACUUUGGUACCGUCUUUGACGUGAAGACCCUGUUUUGGGCGCGGGACAACAUGCUCACCAGGACGCACGAGAGAAAUUGCUGCCUGACGUAUGAUUGCGUAACGGACGAUGAUGCUGCCGGGGAUCUUCUGAAAGAGCCGGAUUUGGACUCGAUUGCCUCGCUCGGUGGCUUGUUGGUUUCCCGGCCAGUAAAUUCGAGCCUGUCCCAUAAGAACGCUUUGCAGAAGUGCUUGGAGCAUGCCAAGCUAUGGCUUGCAAAUUCAGAGCAGCCGAUCGAGCCCAACUCGAACAUCACUUAUGCUGGCUUGAGGGAGAAGUUGAAUAAGAUUAUGGCUUCAGAGUACUUCACAACUACUCCCGAGAUAAAGGAUGCAGGUGAAGUAGCAGCUGCUGGUGGCAAUUACGCAUCUUUUCAAGUGCCCGUGCAAGGUACUUCUACUGUUCCUCCAGUUGACACGACCAUCCCAAUGGAAGGCUCCACAGUUGAAUAUCAGCAAGAGGAAGAACAUCCCAAUUCUCACGAGGCUGAUGAUACUUACAUUAAUGAAACUGGUCAUGUUCAAGAAAAUAACCAGGAGGAAGUUCCAGCUCAAACAGAACAGGAUUUGCCCAAUUCUGAACAUGACCAAAACUCGAAGGACCAAAACGCAACUCGUAAGUCGCAUCACGGCUACCGAAGUGGCGGCGGCCGGAGAGGAUACAGCAACGGUCGUGGAGGGAGAGGCGGCAGCUUUCCGAACGGCCGUGGCCAGUUUUACGAGCAGCCAGGUGGCGGUAAUUAUUACCAGAGGAGCAAUUAUGGGUACAAAGGACGAGGAGGGAGAGGUACAGGUGGCGGCGGCAACUAUAAUCACCGUGGCCCAGCGCCAGCUGGGCAAGCUCAGGUGGCUUCCUGAUGUAUUGUUCUAAUAUAUGUGUCGAGGUUUAUAUAUUUCUUUUUCUGGAUGGGUUUUUAGUCGUCGUUUUGCUUGUUAUUCGAGGAGUGUGUGAUGUGAGGUGGUUUUUUCGGAACUUUUGGACCGGUUACAGUUUUUUUUGGGUUUAAUGUGGAAAUGAAAUCUCUCUUAAUACUCUCUCUCUCUCUCUCUCUCUC